GUGUUGCGGAAUACGGGUGGGAUUCACUCUAAACUAAUACCGCCGUUGCUUUGCAUGUUGGUCGUUGUCGUCAAGGACCACGAGUCAGCGCAUGCGCGCGCCGCGCGCCGUGCAUCAACUUCAGCUUAUGAGAACGAGCGCGGCUUACAGGAGGCUGUUUAUGUUUUUGUUUGUUUUUGUUAGUUUAAAAUAGAGAAAAACAGUGACCGAGAUGGACGGGACCGAGGCGACCCGGAGAAACUGUGUGAAAAGUCCGGAGUCCGGGACUCUGUUAGACUCUGAGAAAAACCAGAGCGGGUCGAAGGACAGAGUGACACUCAAAAAGGAGAUCGGGCUGAUGAGCGCGUGCGCUAUCAUCAUAGGUAACAUCAUUGGUUCAGGUAUCUUCAUCUCACCAAAGGGGGUUCUGGAGCAUGCCGGCAGUGUGGGCUUCUCACUCAUCGUGUGGGUUCUUGGCGGAGGAAUCUGUGCCCUGGGUUCCUUGUGCUAUGCUGAACUGGGUGUCACCAUCCCCAAAUCAGGGGGAGAUUACUCCUACGUGACUGAAAUCUUUGGAGGAUUGGUGGGGUUCUUGUUGCUCUGGAGUGCAGUAUGGAUUAUGUACCCCACCACACUGGCUGUGAUCGCCCUCACCUUCUCAAAUUAUGUGCUGCAGCCCGCCUUCCCCAACUGCCUGCCUCCCUACAUCGCCACCCGCCUACUCUCUACCAUCUGCAUCUUGCUGCUGACGUGGGUGAACUGCUCCAGUGUACGUUGGGCCACACGCAUCCAAGAUUUCUUCACCAUCGGCAAAUUGCUUGCCCUCGUUCUCAUUAUAGUAGUGGGCCUGGUACAAAUUUGCAAAGGGCACUACGAUGCUCUGGAGCCACAGACAGCAUUUGAGUUUAUUCGAGAUCCAUCGGUGGGGCAGAUCGCCCUGGCCUUCCUGCAGGCCUCUUUCGCCUUCAGUGGCUGGAACUUCCUGAAUUAUGUCACGGAGGAGGUAGUAGAGCCACGCAAGAAUCUGCCACGAGCAAUCUACAUCUCCAUUCCAUUGGUCACUUUAGUGUACACCCUCACCAACAUCGCAUACUUCUCUUCCAUGACCCCUGAAGAGCUGCUUGCGUCCAAUGCUGUCGCUGUGACAUUUGGUGAGAAGUUGUUGGGGAUGUUCUCCUGGGUGAUGCCCAUCUCUGUGGCUCUGUCCACUUUUGGAGGGAUUAACGGCUACCUGUUCACUUCCUCCAGGUUGUGUUUCUCUGGAGCGAGAGAGGGUCACCUGCCUUACCUGCUGGCCAUGAUCCAUCUGAAAAACUGCACACCAAUCCCAGCUCUUCUCGUCUGUUGUACUGCGACUAUAGUGAUCCUCUGUAUUGGUGAGACUCACAACCUGAUCAACUAUGUGUCUUUUAUAAACUACCUCUCAUAUGGAGUCACCAUCGCUGGGCUGCUGUACUAUCGCUGGAAGAAACCUAAACUUGUCAGACCCAUUAAGGUGAAUUUGCUGGUCCCCAUCAGUUACCUGGUGUUUUGGGCGGUGUUGCUGGGCUUCAGUCUGUACUCUGAGCCUGUGGUGUGUGGAAUGGGCCUCGUCAUAAUGCUCACAGGGGUGCCCAUCUACUUCAUUGGAGUGCACUGGGCACAGAAGCCACGUUGGAUCUAUAGCGCAGUGGAGUGUGUGACGUAUCUGGGGCAGAAGGUGUGUUACGUCGUGUUCCCUCAGGACGACCCCUCCGAGACAGAACCUCUAACAGAGAAAACGGAGAAGUCGGAGCUCUGAGCAUCAAAUCUUCUAGGGAAUGUUCUCCUGUGCUUUUAAAUUUUUUGGAAAAGUUUUUUAACCUUUCUCUUAAGUGUUUUUGCAGGUGAGGAGGUGGCUUCCUCCCCAGUGCUGUAGGUUCCGUUUUUUUUCCAAGCACUAAAAAGAAACCCUGGCAGAGGAGGUGCAUUUUGUUCUUUUCAUAUUCAGCUCUCUCUGCCUGCGCUGUUGAUGUCAGCAAGCGCAAAAUGGACGUUUUGGCCUUUCAAAGGAACUGCUUUCCACCAACCUCCUCUCAGUGCUGCCUGAAGGCCAUUCCGUUUUUUUAAAUACUAUGCAUGUAUUCUCUCGUGUCACGCAGGAUCUUUUCUCUCCGGUUCUCCAUUAACAUUAACAGACCCUUAAUCUCCCAUUUUCUCUAUGUGUGUGAGAGUCCGUUUGUACAAGACAAGAAGUACAGAUUUUAUUCUUCAACGUUCAGUCCCUACACUCUUAAAAAUAAAGGUGCCAAAAAAGGGUUCUUUGAGGAGAUGCCA